AUGGCUAGGAAACGUAAUAACAAUAACGGCGGCGGCAAGAAAAACAAGGGAAAGAGCAAGAAAUCUAGCCGCAGCUCCAGUAUUUCCGCCAGCCCUGUCUCCAUCCCCAUCCCCUCAAUCGUUACCGAUGCUCUUGCCACAGAGUCCAUUCUGACUGCUGUCAGUGAUAUUGUUGCCGAAAUUAUUGAUGAGCGCGACGAAGAAGAGAAAGAGGAUAAUGGGGUAGUUGAGAACCCCGCGGUACCUGAUGAUCUGGAGAACGCUGAGUCUGUGGAUGUGGAGGAUCGGGUGGAUCAGGAAGAGGCUGAGGAAGUCGACGCCGUUUCCGAUUCAGAGGAGGCGAUCGAGACCACAGAGUCGGUCGAUCCGGCGGAGACUGAGGCCGUCAGCGAGAUCAAUGACCAAGAAAUUGUCAAGGACGUUGUUCAGGCUGAGGUUGAGGAAUUCGACGCUGUUUCCGAUUCAGAGGGGCCAGUCAAGGUCACAGAGUCGAUCAAUGCAGCGGAGACUUACACUGUUGAUGAGGUUGAUAAUCAGGAGGAAGCCGCUGUCCAGAACGAGGUCGAGGAAGUCGACGCUGUAUCUGGUUCAGAAGGGGCGAUCGAGGCGACAGAACCGGCCGAUCCGGCGGAGACCGAGGGUGUCAGCGAGAUCAAUGACCAAGAAAUUGUCGAAGAUGUUGUUCAGUCUGAGGUUGAGGAAUUCGACGCUGUUUCCGAUUCAGAGGGGCCAGUCAAGGUCACAGAGUCGAUCAAUGCAGCGGAGACUUACACUGUUGAUGAGAUUGAGAAUCAGGAGGAAGCCGCUGUCCAGAACGAGGUCGAGGAAGUCGACGCUGUAUCUGAUUCAGAGGAGCCAGGUUAUGUUGACAAGCCAUCCAAAACAGACAUUGCCCCCGAGCCCCAACCUAUCCAUAGCGAACUUGAGGACAGCUACCACGUUGAUUUUUCCGAAGCAACCGAAGAAAAAGAUGCCACACCGGUGACUGAAGACCAACUUGAUGACCUCUACACACGCUCCUUCACACCUUCGUUGACUACUGGCCUUCUGUCCGAUAGAUUUUCCUACACAGGUUCUGUUAACAUGGAGGACUCCGAGGCCGAACUCCUGGCGAGUAACCUUGAGGACAGCAUGUAUCGGUCGUCAGUUGAGAACAGUCUCAUUGAUGAGAUGCAUGUGCUGGAGACUCCUGAGAGCGGCAGCUUUGUUGGUCAGGAGGAGUCUUUGGAGCCAGUUGUAGUUGAGUCGCUUGAGAGAAAGUACGUUGUUACGCCGGGUGCUUUUGAUGGUAGCGGUGAGGAGAUCGAUGAGGAGGAUAAGGAGCCAGAGGAGGUCGCAGCGGUUGAUAUCCCGGAAUCGGCCGAGCCUGAGCCUGAAACCGAGGCAGUGGAUUCUGUUGCCGUGGAGGAUACCGCUGGCGACACCCCCGAGACCCCUACUGAGGACGCUGGUGCAUCUCAAGUUACCAGAUCCGUGGAUUCUGCAGAGAUCGAGGCCCAAGCAGGGGAUUAUGUUGCAGAGGAGGGUGCGGGCAAACUUAUUUCUGCAGAUGGUAAUUUAUCUCCACCGAUCACCGAAUCUGCGGAGCAGCUGGCCACUGAGCCAGAGGUCAAGGUCGAGGCUGUUUCAGUUCCUGAAAGAGACACAGUGAUCGUCGCGGAAUCCGAGCCAAUCGAGGAGACAUUGGUGUCGACGUCAUCCGAUCAUGCUGAAGAGAUAAUUGGGCAUCAAGAACCUGCACUGACAGCUCACUCGAUCAAUACAACAGAAGCAACCAUGGCUAACCGUAACCAGUCCGCAAAGAUCGACCGCGCGAUCGACAACACCGCCGAAGGUGCCAAGGACGCAGUCGACAAGGCCUCUGACGUCGCCCAGAAUGUCGACAGGAAGGCCGAAAAUGUUGCGUCGGACGUCAAGGACGCCACCCAUUAUGCUGGCAAUAAGGCCGAAAAGGCCGCGUCGGACGCCAAGGACACUGCGAAGGAUGUUGCCAGGGAUGCCGACAAGAAGGCGAAGGAGGUGACAGAUGCCGCGGCCGAUGCCGCCAAUAAUGCGGCGUCCAAGGCCAAGGAUGUCCUGGAUAGCGCAGGCAAGAGUGUUCGCGAGGCCGCGGCUACCGCCAAUGACAAGGCGCAUGGUGCUAUGAGCAGGGCGCGGGAGUCUGGCGAGAAGUUUGCCAAGAAGGCGAGAGAGGAGGCGGAGGAGGCAGAGAAGGCGGUUAAGAAGGGCGUGAGAGAGACGUCGCCGGAUACUCUGAGGGCUUUGGGCAUUAUUGCCGUAGCUUUGGCGGCUGUGUCUGGGUACUACUUCCGGCUGCCUGGAAGGGAUAACCAGAGGCUUGGAUUUGCUGGUGGUGUUGCGUCUGCUAUUAUCGGUCUGGGCACUUUGGCCACUGCGUUCAUCAAGCGGAAUGCCUGA